AUGGAUGAUGAACCUCAGUUUACAUGUGGUAACUGGAUAGCUGAAAAUCCGAUACCUGAAAACAAACCCACCUACUCACAGACAGCAAUGCUCACUGACAAAGUGGAAGAGCAAAUGAGAGGUACGUAUUGA